AUGCUGACGAAAAACGUAUCCCAUCCAACAUCCAAUCUUUGCGAUCACUUGCAUGAACCGAUUGAUUUCUUUGAUCAUGUCCAUAUGUCUUUGUACCCUUCUCUCGAAGAGUUAAAAGUACAGUCUAUUAUUGAUAGUCAAAACAAUGGACCUUCAACUCCGCAGUCUGACUGUCAAAGGCCAUUAUCACAAAUUAACCCCACUCUAUCUGGAAAUUGCAAUAUGGAUAAUAAUAUGUCUUCUUACAACAUUUGUGGUAGACCUGUUACCUGUGUAUCUACAAUAUCUGGCAUUUUUCCUCAAUCUGGUAUGGGCUGUGGGGUCAAUUCAAUGUCAAUUGCUCCUUUUACACCAAGCGGAGCGCUUUGUCUACCGCUUCCAGCACCAUUUGAUUGCGUAGAUAUAAAACCAGGAGUUAGACUUGUUACUCUUUGUAAAAAUGAAUUCGGUAAAGUCGGAAUUCAGCUUAAAGAAAUACAGAAAGGUAUAUUUGUUUCAUUUGUGGAAGGAUUUUCACCAGCUGCACUUGGCGGUGUGCGUUUUGGAGAUCAAGUCCUGGAAAUUAAUGAUAUUCUAGUUACAGGUUGUUCAGGGACAAGAUCAAUGGAAAUAUUGAAAAGUUCAACUCCUAACAACAUAAAACUUGUAUUACGUGACCGUCCAUUCGAACGUGUUAUUACUGUGCAUAAAGAUAGUUUAGGUGCAAUCGGUGUACAUGUUCGUAAUGGUUUAAUUAAAGCAAUUGUUAAAGACUCAAGUGCUGCACGUAAUGGUUUAUUAACUAAUCAUCAAAUUAUUGAAAUUAAUGGACAAAAUGUUGUUGGUUUAAAGGAUAAAGAUUUAUUACAACUGAUGGAGGAAUCAAAAACUCCAAUGAAAGUUACGAUUAUACCAAAGACAUUUUAUGAUAAAUUAACUAGAAGUCUUCCAACUGGACAAUUACGAUUACAAAUGGAUCGUUCAUUACCUUUUGUUUAAAUAUACAUAUAACAAUUACAGAUAUUUCUAUUCAGUAUUUAUUUUCAUUAAAUUAACAAUGUGAUAAUGAUCAUGAUAAUGAUGUUAUGAUCCGAAAUAAAACGAUGGAUUCAUUGAGAUUUAUCUUCCUUACUGAAUUUGUUCGUGAACAAUUCAAUGAUCUUCUUUCACUUAUUUCCUUUAGUUUAUUCUUCAAAAAAAGUGUUUCUAUAUGAAUUAUUUUGCACGAUUGUUAACAAUCAUGUUAGUAAUAAUGGGUUGUAUUAGGAUAACACUGAUAAUUGAUUAUAGUUAACAUUGAGUACAAACAUACUCAAGUAUUAUUACCGUUAUUAUUAUUAUUAUUAUUAUUAUUAUAUCAUUUCUAUAGUAUUCAUGACAAAUAAGAGAGUAUUUUUCAUUUCACUAUUUGCUUAUUUAUUCUUGAUUUUUCCAUUUUUGUAAUUUUUCUGUUCAUUAAUCUAAGUAAAUUAUCAUUGAGUUAUGAUUUAAUCUUUCGAUUAGGGUUGUUUUUGAAUUGAAUUGAAUUCACUAGUCGAUUUGAGCUAGAUUAUUGCCGUUUCGAAAUCAUGGAUGCGCAAUGCUGAAGAGUACCAUACUAGGACAUGACGGCGGCCCAAUACAUUCAGAUUUUCAAUGAUAGUCUAGCUUAAAUCGACUUGUGAAUUCAACUGUGAAAAUACUAAAAUCCCCAUACUGAUUUUAUUCAUGUGCUCACUAGUGAUUAGCUUCAAGAUGGAUUUCCUGGAGUUCUAAUGAGAAUCUGUGACCAGUAGAGUCCAAUACGUGUGGGGUGUGAGACCGUUAUCCACCUCAUACAAUGGCUGAGAGGUUGCUCAAGACCAUGGAUCGAUUGAAGUUAGACACUAACACCGUUGGAUGCCAGCUCAGUGGCUUCGAAGUUAAGCGUUCGCACACAAGACCGAAUGUCCGAGUUCCGACUCCUACAUGCGGGAUCGUGGAUGUACACUGUUGGGUAAUUUCAAACUAGAACGAAACGAACGUUCAGUGCUUCCAAGUUUUCAAUGAUAUACUUUUAUUAUCUUGUCAUACAUUAUCAUAUUCGUCAGUGACUUUUUGCACAGUAAAUUCUGAUUACAUUCAAUAAUCGGAAUUCUGUUUCAUUUUAGUGAAAUUCAUCAAAUUCUUGUAACAUUACUCUAUCGAAUCAGGUUAAAACUAUCUUUGUACAUUAGUCGAAGUAGCGUGGCUCAUUGAUUGAAUGUAGAAUUGAAUUUUCUGUUAUGUAACAUAAACCUGUUAUAGUAAGAGUUAUUCAUUCUUCUUAUCGAAAAUUAAGUCUAUACUAACAAAGGACUGGAUUAUCUCAUUGUUGAUAUUUAGGAUUGAAUUUUAAUUAGUCUUUGUUAACAUAUGUGCAUUUUGUGCGAAAUGCCUGACGAUAAAUAGUGAGUGGUCACCAGUUAGAAGUUAGCAGUUCCAGAAUCGAUAUCUGAAUAUUUUUUAUUCUUUUCAAUGCAUAUUACCUGCCAGCCAGCACGAUGUCUCUGAUUGUACUUUUUGUAACUUAUACAGCAAAAUGUCGUAAACUUUUCAUAAACGCAACUGAAUAGGUUAUGCGAUUAAUAGAUAUAAUGACAUAUUAAAACAAACAAAAUACAGAUAAUUUGUUGAAAUAUCUAUGUGCCAGGAACAGGUAGCCCAGAUAUUCAAGCAGGUCACCAAAGAAGCGUACGAUGCAAAUAUUGAAUAAGUUCGAUGGCUAUCUGAACCUAUCGACUUCGUGAAGUUGACGCAAAUGGUACUCUAUUCUAAUUUCAGUGUAAAAAGAAUUAAUGCUACAAUCGAAAUACAUUUAGCUGACGAGUUCGAAAUAGGACUAACAGCGUCCUCAAAUUGUACCAUGAUCCAUCUAUUCUAUUAAACCAACUAAAGAACUGAACUG